UGUCGCUGUUUUUGACUAACUGCGUUAAAAUAUAUGAGGGCGGCCAAGGCAGGGGAUUAAAAAAAAUGGGUUUCAUCAAUCCAAAAUAAUAUCUCUGAAAAUGACAACAAGUUUGACAUUGUAAAGACGACCCGUGUAGAAAAGAGCCAAAUUCAUGGUGUUUUGGCAAUGGCUAUACAAUUGCAUGCGGAUUUUUACUCAAAUAAAAUUUUUCAAUGCAAGAAGAAAAAGAUGGGGAAGAAUCAGAGGUUUCUGCCCCCUCAGGGUUGUCAGCAGCAGAGGUUUUGCUGGUAUUAAACUUUUUGCAGCGGUUAAGAGUAGAGUGGAGUAGUGGUUGGGGCAUGGGCCCUCUAUAACAACGAGACAAAUUUCAGGCAAGCCAAGGAACGAAAUUAUAAGGGCAAUUUGGUCAGAAAGAACAUUUAUUUGCUUUGGACUAGAUGAAUUGGAUAGGGCAUUGGAGGAGACUCAGAUCCAUGGCAGACCUGUUAUGUUUGUCGGUGGAGUUUCAAAGAUUUGGAGGAUUUGACAUCAAACCAGUUAGAGAGAACUUGUUAAUCAUGUGCACAGAAGAAAACUAAGUAGAACCCAUUUCAGAGACUUUGUAGUUUCUCAGUCCAUUUAUGUGCAGUCUGGUUUAUAGAGGAUUUGAAAAGGCCUUGAGGAUGAUGCAUGGCUGAUAGGACGCCUGCAGCAGAAAUACCCACUUCUUCAAACCAGCAAGUUUUGUUAUCAUACGGCAUGCUUCAAGGAUCAUCAAGCAGAAGUGGAUUGGAAUCGUUCAAAGACCAUCAUGAAGUAUAUGAUCUUUCCGAGCUGGAGAGGGCUCUUAUCUUGAACCAACCAGGAGGAGGAGAACAAGAACAGGAUCAACAUCAUUCUGGCCUUGCAGAAAGACAGGGAUUUGGGAUUCGUCCACCUACACUCACCAUAUUUCCUUCAUGGCCAGUGCAAUUUGAGGCAUCACCAAAGGCAUCUGUAUCUCAAUCUGUAGAGAGUACAGAUACGGGAUCUGCUGAGUAUAAAGGAGAUCCUCCAGUUGAGCUGAUAUCGGCAAAUACUGUGCAAGUUCAGGAACCUCGACAGCUAUCUGACAUGGCGGGUAAUAGUACCCGCACAGAAACAUCCAAUGAGAUGGAAAGGGAUUGUAAGCCUGAGACAAAUCGUAGGGGCCCAACUUCCAGCUCUGAACACGAAGCUUCAAAAACUCUCGAUGCCAAGACAUUGAGGCGGCUUGCUCAGAAUAGAGAAGCAGCACGGAAAAGUCGACUGAGAAAGAAGGCCUAUGUUCAGCAGCUAGAAUCAAGUCGAAUGAAGCUCAACCAGAUUGAGCAAGAUCUUCAGCGAGCUAGAGCACAGCAGGGUCUCUUCAUUGGAGGAAAUGCGCUUCUCAACGAUCAAGGGCAUCCAGGUGCAGGUGGCCUUAUGAAUGUUCCUUUGAGCUCAGGUGCUGCAAUGUUUGACAUGGAGUAUUCAAGGUGGCUAGAGGAACAGCACCGUCAUAUGAGCGACCUGAGGGCAGCAUUGCAGGCACAUCUUACAGACAAUGAUCUACGCUUACUUUUGGACAAUUGCCUUUCCCACUAUGAUGAAGUUUACCGUUUGAAAAGCAUUAUUGCAAAAACAGAUGUAUUCCACUUGGUUUCAGGCAUGUGGAAGACUCCUGCAGAAAGAUGUUUCAUGUGGAUGGGUGGAUUCCGCCCCUCAGAGCUUCUCAAGAUCCUGAUCCCUCAGCUGGAGCCCUUGACAGAGCAGCAAUUUUUGGGCAUCUGUAGCUUACAACAGUCUUCACAGCAAGCAGAGGACGCUCUUUCACAAGGCAUGGAAGCUCUGCAACAGUCUCUCUCAGAAACCAUUGCAGCAGGAUCCCUGAGCUCCCCUUCUAACGUGGCAAAUUACAUGGGACAGAUGGCAAUCGCCAUGGGUAAACUUGCAAACUUGGAAAGCUUUGUGCGACAGGCAGACAAUUUGAGACAGCAGACAAUGCAUCAAUUGCACCGACUUCUCACAACACGCCAAGCUGCCAGAUGCCUUCUUGCCAUUGGAGAAUAUUUCACCAGACUACGUGCCCUCAGUUCUCUCUGGUCUGCUCGUCCAAGAGAGCGGUUACUGUUAGAUGGAAGCUGCUCGCCUGCAACAACUACUCAUUCGCGUGACAAUUAUUUCUCUACUUGAUAAUCAAAACUCACACUUUUAGUCGUUAUGGGGAUUUUGACUCAUCCCAACCAGAGAAAGUUCCAUUUAUUUGUUAAUUGAUUUCCAGAGUACCUACAAACUCUUUAAGUCCUGCGUCUCAAUCUUCAUUCAUCAGCAGGCCAGAAAGUCAUAUACGUAUUUACUUAUAUGUAUCAGUACUUCCUGUACAGAAGAAGCAGCCCAUAUAUAUGAAACGAAUAACUACUGUAUUGACUGAUUUUUUUUCCUUUUA